AUGAAGGUGAAAGUUUUGUCAAGAAAUCCGGAUGAUUAUCAGAGGGAAACGAAAAAUGAUCUUUACAAAGCAUCGAGAAACUUUGGUAGUUCAGAGGAUCCUUUUCAGAUGUUAACAGAGUACACUAGAGCUUUAAAUGCAGCGAAAUUAAACAGGGUUUUUGCUAAGCCGUUUAUAGCCAGUUUGGAUGGCCAUAGCGACGGUAUAAAUAUCCUUGCCAAACAUUUUUUGAGGUUAUCAACUGUUUUAUCUGGUGGUCGUGACGGACAGAUAAGAAUUUGGAAUUUAGCAACUAGAAAAUGCUUAGCUACUAUUCAAGCACAUAAUGGCCCUGUUAACGGAUUAUCUGUCGAUACGCUGAAUGGAGAAUCUUUCGUUUCUGUUGGUAAUGAUUCACAGAUGAAGCAUUGGCGUUGUCCAGAUGUUAUCAGCGACAGUAUAAGCGAACCGUUUCAUUCAGUUCCAUUAAAUGGUGUAGCUUAUGGUGUUUCUCAUAAUGUAAAAUCUGAUAGUUUUGCAAUUUGUGGUGAAGAAGUACAAAUUUGGAGACCAUCGAGGGAUGCUCCAACACGUAUUUAUCGUCUUGGAGUAGAUACGAUACAUGCAGUUAAAUUCAAUCCUGUAGAGACAGAUGUUCUAGUUGGCUGCUGUAGUGAUCGUUCGCUAUUUUUAUUGGAUGCGAGGCAGAAAACUCCUCUAAAAAAAGUCACGAUGAAAUUGCGUCCAAACUCUGUAGCCUGGAAUCCAAUGGAAGCGAUUUCUUUUACUGUUGCUAAUGACGACUACAAUUUAUAUACAUUUGACAUUCGAAAACUGUCAGAACCACGGAGGGUGCAUAAAGGGCAUACGAAUGCGGUUCUUGACGUAGAUUAUUCUCCUACUGGAACUGAAUUUGUCUCAGGAAGUUAUGAUAGGUCCUUGCGUAUAUAUCCAGUUGAGUCACAUGUCAGCAGGGAAAUUUACCACACAAAAAGGAUGCAGGAAGUACUUUCUGUACUUUGGUCUCUUGACAAUAAAUUCGUGCUUUCGGGAUCUGAUGAAAUGAAUAUUCGUCUUCGGCCUCGGGAGAAAGCAGCGAUGGAUUACAACAGUAGGUUGUUAGAAAUAUAUGGCGACCAUCCCGAAGUCAGAAGAAUUGUAAAGCAUCGUCACGUUCCUAAAUCAAUUUACAGUGCUACAAAGGAGCAUGCAGCUAUUCAUUUAUCAGAACGUCGUAAAGAAGAAAACAGAAGAAGGCAUUCUAAACCGGGUGAAGUACCGUUUAUACCAGAAGUCAAGAAGCAUAUGGUUGAAUAA